UCCAAGACGCCCGAGACGCCCAACAGAUCCCCUAGUUUUAUCUUCCUCUUCAUUUUCAUUCCCAGCCACAAUCGACUUGCUUUGAGUUUUGUCCUCCUGUUGACCCGGCCAGACCGCCAAGUUAACUCGCUAGCUCAUCGACGUUGUGCGCGGCGCGAACACCGGAACUCACCGCUGGAUUCCGGAAAGCAAAAGUGAGCAAGGUAAAGAAAGAGUGACGGAGAGCUGCGGAUAGAUAUACAAGGAGACGGGAAGCAAGAAAGCGGGGUGGGUGAGGCUGUCUGGGCCUGUCACUUGAGACGAGUCUGCCAAAUUGCUACUUUGAUCUAUAUGACCUGCUCGCUUUUGGCCAUCUCGUUCCUAUAUUUCUCUCGUGCAACUGGUUUGUCUACAAAUUAGGAGAACGGCAACAACCUCGUUGCACAACGCGUAGCUCCGUUGCUGCAGCCGAUAUCAAGAACUAUCAGCCCAACCUGGAAUUUGGCUGUGCCCUAUUCCUGGUCAAUUGACCCGCGUUAUCCCACCCAUCACCGCCCAACCCGUUUAGUUUUAGAUCUAUCCACCAUUCCCACGCCAUACCUCCCGAUCGCAUCGCUAGAUUUUAAAGAAGGGUUGCUAGCCAGUGCGCGCCAACAGCGCGUUUGAGAAUUAACUGUGCUGGUCCCGUUCAAUAGAGGCGCCAUUAUAGCGCAGCAACCCGAACCCGCAGAUCCUAGGACUCGAGAGGAGUGACGUGGUCAUUUAGUCCGUGUCGACGGUAAUUCCCGUGCGCGUAUCCAAAAGACGUAAAAAUCAUGUCGUCGGCCUCUCCUCCAAAGGAACCAGAGGUGGAACCAGGAACUCAGUCAGGCGAAGACGCGGAGCAUAUGGAACGAGAACACCAAGAUACACAAGCGCAAGGUCAGGGAGAAUUUGAGGUGAAAGAGCAGGAUCGAUGGCUUCCAAUUGCAAAUGUUGCUCGCAUAAUGAAAACCGCUCUCCCCGACAACGCCAAGAUCGCGAAGGAGGCAAAAGAAUGCAUGCAAGAAUGUGUGAGCGAGUUCAUCUCGUUCAUCACCAGCGAAGCUUCGGAAAAAUGUCAACAAGAGAAAAGGAAGACAGUCAAUGGGGAAGACAUCCUCUUUGCGAUGACUUCACUCGGAUUCGAGAACUACUCCGAAGCGCUGAAGAUAUAUCUUUCAAAAUAUCGAGAAACCCAAUCCUCAAGGGGGGAGAACCAGAACCGGCCACCGAGCAGCGGGUACAGCGGACCAGUCGGGGCAACUGGAAGCGGUGCCCCAGGUGCUGGCAAUCCAGCGGGACCAGGUUUCGCGGUCGCACCCGAGACUUCCAGCAACAUAUUGAGCCCGAACCUGGACCCCAACGAACAGGCCGGCGCAACAUACGGAUAUUCCACUAUGGUGGCCCCUUCGCACAAUGGUGCAGGUGGCGAGACUUACUGACUCUCACGAAGACGUUUCCCGGUCCCGGGAUACGCUCGCGAGUGACUACAAUGCAGAAUCGUAGCUGUUUGCGACAUCCCAGACCUCGAGCAAGACCUGAGGAAGUGACGUUGAGAUCUAGGAUCAUGAAGAAGAAGGGGAGGCGAAAACGAAGCAGACGAGAAGCAGGAAGUGUGGUUAAAGAGAGUUGGAAGGGUGUGAUGGCGAUUCGAUCAAUUUGACAGCGGCGAGGAUUUUUCUUACCUUUUCUCCUUGUUGUCAUUUCCUUUCUUUCUUAUUUCCCCCUACAACCUACCUAUUUUAUCGGAUAACUUGUAUACAAUUUUCAAAGCUUCCUUGGAGGAGCAAGGCCAUAAUUCCAACAGAAAUUGAAUCAGCGGAGAGAUCAUGAAAUUGAAACUGCAUUGAAAGGAUU